AUGAAUUCCACAAACCAUCCAGUACAAGAACUCCACGAGAAACCCCCCCAACAACCAACUACCACCACAGAGUCCGCCAAAGACACCGUCUCCAGCAUCGGGGACAGUGUGUCUGAUCUCGCGACAACGUCGUGGAAUGGACUUAAAUCUACUGCGACCAAUGUUGCCUCGAAUGAACACGUGCAGAAUACUUGGACUCAGAUUCGUUCGGCGACGAUUGGUCCUGCGGAGGGGGAGACUCCGGAACCAGUAACCCGUCAUCCAUCGCCUAGUCCCGAAGAGAACCGCCAGAUCGACGAGAUGGAGAAGGAGAAGAUCGUUGAGUUCCUCCGCGAGAAACAUCGGAGCGAUGCCCCGAAGCCGGCUAUCUAG